UAUUAUUACGGCUCUCUUAGGGGAGGCUAUGCCGCUCUGGCAGCGUUGAGGAGUCGGUAGGGACGGAAAAAUUGGGUCAAUAGCAAUAAACACGGGGCUAAAUUAAAAUAAAUACGUAAAUAUAUCGUAUAGGGACUGUACCUCUGGUAAAACUACGGAAGGGGACUGCAAAUAUUUCGGAGAGUGCUGUGUUGCAGUUGCGUGUCUGCCCUGCCCUGCCCUGCUCUUCCUGCUCCUGCCUGGUGAGGACCUGCUUUGAUGGAGAGCUGUGUGGGGCUGGCUCUGAAGAAGCCCCGUCCGGAUGCUGAACCAGGACCAGAUCCAGACACCAGAACCCACUUCAGAGUGUGUCGGUUCAUCAUGGAGACAGGAGUGAAGUUGGGGAUGUGUUCUGAACCGCUGGCCACAGCCUGCACAGUGUAUCACCGUUUCUUCCAGUGCUGCAGCCCGCGUGUGUUUGAGCCCUACCUAGUGGCCAUGGCUGCAAUCUACCUGGCUGGGAAAGUAGAGGAGCAGCACCUGAGGACCAGAGACAUCAUCAAUGUGUGCCACAGGUACCUGAAUCCUGGUUCUGAUCCCCUGGAAUUGGACUCGCGGUUCUGGGACCUGCGGGACAGUAUUGUGCAGUGUGAGCUGCUGGUGCUGCGAGUGCUCAACUUCCAGGUGUCCUUCCAGCACCCACACAAGUACCUGCUUCACUACCUGCUCUCUCUGAAGGCUCUGAUGAACCGUCAUGCCUGGGACCGCACCCCCAUCGCCGUGACGACCUGGGCGCUGCUGAGAGACAGUUACCACGGCAGCCUGUGCCACCCUCCCCAGCAUGUCGCCGUGGCAAUUCUCUACUUGGCAUUGCAGACACUGGGGGUGGAGGUGCCUGGAGAUGGGGAGAGGGAGUGGUGGCAGGUGUUGAGUGAUGACAUCACCAAGCCAGCUAUCGAUGACAUCAUUGUUGAGCUUAUUCAGAUCUACAACAUGGACGCCAAGUGCACCUGAGAGAGAGAGAAAGACUGGGUAUAUUGGGAAGCUACUGAAAUACUAGCAAACUUCCCAGUGUGUAAACUGAUGGACAGACAGCCAUCACUGCAGAAACAAGGUUUUUUAUUUUAUUUAAAAAAUUGUGAAUUUAUCCGUGUUUAUUGCAGAAAAAUCUAAAACAGGUGAAAAUCUUUGCGAAUAAUGAUUUCCGCAGUUUUGGAGGGUUUGGUUAAAGCCAAGGGGUAUCAAACAGUUCAAAGAAAUGUUAUUUUUAUGAAGUUUUUUUCUUCGUGUUGAGUUGAAAUGAUUUGUAUUUUUAUGUUUCCAUUAAAUAAAACUAAAUUAGUAACAGAAACAUAUAAUGUGUAAAAUACUGGAUACCAUAAUAGGUACUGUAAAGCCAUAAAUAUUUGCAAGCCUUUUAUUAGUUUUUCACGUAUGGGGGGAAAAGAAACUGCAAACGUUUUUGGCACGUAUCAAAUUGCAACAGGUCGCCAACAUUCCUAGAGCAAAAUAGGUUUUACGGGUGUGAGUCGCCAAAUAUUUUGUUCGCAAAGAUUUCUGCCUUUACAGUAUUUUCAUAUGCAAAAUGUGGGUGAAAAUUGUAAAUAAAAAAUAUAUAAAAAUACUGUAUUAGCUUUUGUGAACCCAGGAAUUUUUCAGAUAAAAUCUGUAAACUGAAAAUACAGGUCCUUGAGGAAACUGGAUUGUGAAGUGUGUGUUAUUGAUCAAUAAAGAACCAUACUGUUUA